CCGAGUCGCCGCUCUCUCCCUCCCGAUCGAUCCAUCGCGGGGUGAUGCCCUCGCGCUCGCGGCGGUGACCUCGCCGCCGGCGGCCGCGCCAUGACAUCCUCCCCCUCCUGGUUCUCCGGCAUCGCCCGCGCCUCCUCCGCCAUGCCCCCCGGCGGCGUCGCCUCCGCGGCCGCUCCCCUCUCCGAUGGCGCGGGUGGGAGGGGCGGUGGAGGUGGAGGUGGAGGUGGAGGUGGAGGAGUGGUCGCCGCCGUGGUUGCUGCGGGGCCUGGCGCUGGUGCUGGCGUUGGCGCGGGCGGGAAGAGGAGGCAGGUGCAGGGGGCGCUGUUCAAGUACGGCCCCAAGUCCGCCCAGGUCGCAUUUAAAACUGGUGAUUUUAACCACCAGGUGAUCUUCAUCGGUGGUUUGACGGAUGGGUUUUUAGCAACCGACUACUUGGAGCCUUUGUCACUUGCACUAGAGGUCGAGAAAUGGUCACUGGUACAGCCGUUACUUUCUUCAUCAUACACUGGGUAUGGAAUUUCCAGCUUAGAGCAGGAUGCAUUGGAACUAGAUCAACUCAUCAGUUACUUGAUAAACAAAGAAAAUUCUGAUGGAGUAAUAUUGCUUGGUCACAGUACUGGUUGCCAGGAUAUUGUGCAUUACAUGCGGACAAAUUUUGCAUGUUCCAAGGCAGUUUCUGGGGUCAUUUUGCAGGCCCCAGUAAGUGACAGGGAGUAUAGAGCAACACUUCCAGAAACUGCAGAAAUGAUAGAUUUGGCAGCAAAAAUGUUAAGUGAGGGCCGUGGAAUGGAUUUGAUGCCCAGGGAAGCAAAUCCAGAUGCUCCGAUUACUGCCUACAGGUAUCACUCCCUUUGUGCAUAUAUGGGUGAUGAUGACAUGUUCAGCUCAGAUCUUAGUGAAGAUCAGUUGAGGCAGAGACUUGGUCAUAUGUCAACAACACAGUGCCAGGUUAUUUUCUCAAUGGGGGAUGAAUAUGUCCCGGAAUACGUUGAUAAGGAGGCACUUGUGGACAGAUUAUGUCGCGCAUUGGGCAACGCGGAGAAAGUUGAAAUAGAAUGGGGAAACCAUGCUCUCUCCAAUAGGGUGCAAGAAGCAGUUCGGGCCAUUGUAGAUUUUGUUAAGAGAGAGGGGCCCAAAGGUUGGGACGAUCCAUGGAGCUAGAUACAACAGCCAUAUGUAACAUGUCUAUCCCAUUUUCCUCCCCUAGCAAAACGUCUUGUUUUUACAUGUUUCUUGAUCAUUUUUUUAUAGUAAUAAUUCCUAUUUGUUUUGCUUUGUUGCCUUAGUAAGCAUUGUGAGACACUUUUGUUUAUUUUGUGGACAUUUAUGUACAAUACUUGAAUUUGUAAAUUGUAGUGAAACUAUCUCAAAUCUCUCUUUGUCAAAUUAACAUUGGUUAAACGGUGUAAUCAAGACUUUGGUUAUACUCGGCUGAAUUGACACUUAUGAAAGAAAUUCAUCUAGAAA